AUGACUGAUGCUAGUGAGGAAUUCAAGUUUACUUUGAAAGUGAUGAUCAACAAGAAGAAGAAUAAGGUGCUCUUUGCGGAAUCCGACUGCCAAUUUGUAGACAUUCUGCUGAGCUUCCUGAGUAUCUUUCAAAUCAUCAGCAUUCUUGGCAUUACAAACAUGGACGAGGCUGAGUCGAUUGAUGUAAAUAUAGGCUUCAAUGAGAUUAUGAGUUUGCUGAAAGGGUCCUUCAUCUCCCCAACUCCAUUGUCGUACUUCCUGCUAAACACAACAAGUUUGCCUCUUGAUUUGGAGCCAAAGACAUUAGUUAAUCAUAGUGAAAUUAAAGAUAAGCUAGGGUCUAAGAAGAUGGUUUUGAAGGUGUUUAUACAAAAAUCUAAGAGUAAGGUAUUGUAUGCAGUAGCUGAUGUUGAGUUUCUCUUCAGUUUAUUCAUCAUCCCACUGGGAGGAGUUGGGCAUCUUCUUGCCGGUAAGUCUUGUAUUAAGGCUAUAGAUAACUUGCAACGAAGCGUAGCUGAUCUGGCAGACAAGUAUUUCAAGAUUCCAAGUAUGAAAAAUAGACUAAUGAAACCUAGUCUUAUUCAUGGUUCUGUUUCCGAGAACUACAUUCUUCCCCUUGAUCAACAAUGCAUGACUCGUGAUGAACUUGAAAAUUUCAAAUUUUCUUCCCUUAAGUUUCCGAAAGGGCAGGGUAGAUAUCUUGCGGGACCAAUAGCUUAUAUGGUGACGGAUGAUUUAAUAGUGAAUCCUUUAUGUAUCCAGUCAACAAUUUCCACUCUACGUGAGAAGAAUAUCCCUAUCUCUGAUGUCAAAGAAAUAGAGGUGCAAGUCGGAUUGAAAGAGGCUUUAAGCAUAUUGAAAGCGUCUCUUACGUCCACUUCCGCUCUGACUGAUGCCCUGCUCAAUUCCGUGCCAAACAAACAACCAAAGACAGAAGCGUGA